GUCGCGAUUAGACGUGUGAGUGUGCUCGCGAGCAGCUCGUUAGGAGCGACGAUUUUUGGCGCGAUCUUUUUUUCUGUAUCGAUAAUUUCGUACAAACACAACCAUGACGAUUAGAAAAGAUCGAUGACGAAGAAACCGGCUGAUCGGCCGGCAUGGGAAAAUCGCGCGAAUGUGAAAAUGAGGAAAAGUCCCGAGCUGAUGAAAAUGGAAAAAUUCUCACGCAAGAGUUGCUCACUGGUGGCGCUCGGAGCUGAGUGAGCGCACAUUACAGAUUAUGGGAGGAUUUUAAUUACUAACUUGUCGUCGUUUGACCGGGGAAAUGUGCAGUGAUAAAACAAUUAUGGUCAGUGGUGGUAAAUUGUGCAGACAGCAACGAGAAUUGAACCGGCAUCGGUGGAUUGGAAUUGGCGGAACAAGCAGCUACGUCUCAUGUGUGCGAUAGCAGGAGCAGUGACAACAGCGUCGGUAGAGCAACAGAAGAUGAAGAAGGAACUCCGCUCCUGCACCGCGUGCGGCGAACCGAUCUCCGACCAGUACCUGCUCGACGUUGGCGGCUGCUCGUGGCACUCGGCCUGCCUCCGGUGCUGCAUCUGCCACACCCCGCUGGACCAGCAGCCGUCGUGCUUCCUGCGGGACCGCCAGAUCUACUGCAAAGCGGACUACGCGAGCACGUUUGGCGCCAAGUGUGCCCGCUGCAGCCGCAGCAUCUCCGCCUCGGACUGGGUCCGGCGGGCCCGGAAGAUGAUCUUCCACCUGGCGUGCUUCGCGUGCGACAGCUGCGGCCGCCAGUUGUCCACUGGGGAGCAGUUUGCGCUGGCCGACGACAAGGUGCUGUGCAAGAAGCACUACUCGGAGUUCUUCGACUGCGGAACGUCCAGCGAUGAUGGCUGUGAAGCGGAUGGCUUACAGAAGAGCAACAAAAGCAAACGUGUCCGGACGACCUUCACCGAGGAGCAGCUGCAGAUUCUGCAGGCCAACUUCAACAUCGACAGCAAUCCCGACGGACAGGAUCUGGAGCGGAUAGCUUCGGUGACGGGUCUGAGCAAACGGGUCACCCAGGUUUGGUUCCAGAACUCGAGAGCUCGCCAGAAGAAGCACGUUCAAGUUCCUUCCAACGGUGACAUGAAUCCGUUCGCCCGACACAUCAACCUGCAGCUGUCGUACACGUUCCAGCAGGCCAGCGUAAGUCACGGACCGAUGCAUAUGGGGCCGGGACCGCCGAUGCACGGAAAUUCGGGCGGUUCGAGUAGCUCCGGGUUCAGUAGCAUCAAUCAUAACAACAACAAUACAAUUGUGUCCUCUAAAUCGUCUCCGUACAGCAGGCAUGAAUCUUCAUUUGAUGAACUAUCGGAGGAUUCGGCGAUUCACUGCAUGCAGAGCGAAAUUUAGCAGGAAAUAAGAAAAUGGUCCUCUGAUUCUUUGAAAUGACAGUAUUUAAGAUAUUUAUUUUUUGUAAAUAGAUUAUUUUUCAAAAUUGUUAGUUCUAUUCGGUAGCUAAUUUAAUCUAUUAUAUUUAAAUAUAGGGACACAUUUUGAUAAGAGACUUGAUAAACCAGUAGGUCUGCAUAGUAGCGAUAAAUGCAAAUCAAAUUUGCACCUUGAGAAUUGUACACGAUUUUAAAUUAUUGAUUUGUUGAAAUAAACGAAAUUAUUGAACACAA